GGCCGUGGCUCACUACAGUACGUAAACCGUUCAUAAUUUCUACAAACAAACAUGUACCUAUAUACGCUGUUCGAUCUGACUUUCAUAUGAAGCAGCGGGGUUCAUAGACGUCAGGUUGUUUCGAUUUCACUUCGUAUUUUUAUUCUUCUGUUAACCCUGCAGAGGUGUUUAUUUUAACAAUAUGACCGCGCUCGGUCAAAAAUUACUUUAUUUCAGUCUUCGAGUACGACUUAUGCUCUCGUCUGUUAUUGUAACGAAAAACGGAAACCUCUGCUUUCCAAAAGGUGUACCUAUAUAUCUAUUUAAAUUGGCUUCGGAAUCAGAGAUGGCAACGUCGCGCAUAAUCAUUCGGUGCGGAAUAAUAAUAAUUAUUCCGAUUAUACACCUCUAUUCACGCCGCUCGUGAAGUCUUUAUCAGCGUUUUAUUUUGGCAUCGUUACUAUUACAUAUUUACUUGAUUAAAUCACGUCCUUGAGACGAUAUCGAUAAGAAUGUUAUGUACAACAUUUACCUCAACAUACCUACCUAGCAAACAUAUUAUUUACAUUAAAUUAAUGACAACAUUGAUAUGCAAGAGAAUAUAAUAUUUUAAAUAAUUUAAAAAAAAAUAUGGGCCUGGAAAAUCAAGUGGCUUUGGUGACCGGUGCAGCAUCGAAUAUUGGGUACGCUUACGUAAAAUGUUUACUCCUGAACAAAGUUAAGGUGUUACUCUGUGAUAUUAAUGUCGACGAAUGCCAAGUUAUAGCUCAUCAAUUCCAAAAAGAAUUCCAAAAUAUAAAUAUAUUCUCAACCAAAUGUGAUGUCACGAAUGAAGAUGAAUUUGAAAAUGCUUUUAAAACGUGUAUCAAACAUUUUGGUCGAUUGGACAUUGUUAUUAACAACGCUGGCGUUUUCGACAAUUCAAUUGAACGGCGAUGGUCUACUACAGUCAAUAUUAAUUAUGGCGGAGUCGUCAAAGGUACACUACUGGCGAUCAAGUAUAUGGGAAUUUCCAAUGGAGGUAGUGGCGGAACAGUGAUACAGACGUCUUCCUUGUUGGUUUACAGCGAUAGUUAUCAUUGUAGUCCCAUGUACCUGUCUACGAAAAAAUAUUUGAUGGAAUUUACGAAAAGUUUUGGAAAAAAAAAUCAUUUCAGUCUUCAUGGUGUUAAAAUUAUUACCUUGUGCCCGGAAUCUACUACCACUAAUUGUGUAAGUUCGGUCUGUAAAAAUGAAACACUGCACAAAACAGAAGAAUGUGUCGAGGAGCUUGAAGAUUUAAAAAAUAGUCAACAGAGUAAGAAAAUGCAAAAGCCAGAUAAUGUUGGGAACGCUUUGAUUACAAUUUUGGAACAUGGAAAAACUGGGGAAACUUGGAUUGUCGAAGAUAACAAACCACCACGACUAAUUGAAUAAUAAAUCUAGAGAAAUGUCUCAUACGGUGACAGUGACCCGGACCACAACAUCCACAACAUCUGCUAUAAUCCUGAACACUGGUUACGUGA